UCCAGUUGGAUUGACCUGAAAACCAUCGCGCAGGAUACCAAAAAGCCCUCGAGUUGGACUUGAUUUGGCCAGUUUCACUUAUCUGCCAUUUUGUCUCUGUAGCUUUAUCAGUUGAACUCGUUCGCUAACGAAGAAGGAACAAACAUACAAGUAUCAACUUACUUCUAUUUAUUUUAUUUUCAAUUGACACUUUCAUGAAAGUGUGUACGGGUUCGUUUCCUCUGGUAAUGUGAUUCUGUUUACAGCAGUUACGGUUGUUUGUGUUUUAUGUAUCCAGUUCGACGUCAAGUAGGAGUUCGUCUUGUUUACAUCAGAGAAAUAGGUGCUAGCGCUAACGACGUCAGCUCUGUUUGUUGCCCUCGGGGCUAGCAAAGGCACCUCCUGGCGUUAGCUUCCCGAUGCUAAUUUAAACAGCGGUGAAAUGGCGGCCAACACGGCUCAAGCAGCCACUACACCGAGCUGGUCCUAUGGUCCAGCUGGAGAUGGUCAAGUCCAUGAAAAUCCUGAGUGGGAGAAAGCGAGGCAAGCCCUUGCAUCUAUUAACAAGAGUGCAGCCAAGGCUGCUCAAGAUAACCGGGCAGCAGCUGAAGCCAGUCAGUUCCAGCCUCCUGGAUCUGAUUCCACUGCCAUUCAACAACAACAACAGCAGCAGCAGUACUAUUCAUGGUACCAGCAAACUCAGCAGAAUUAUCCUGGGUACUCGUACCACCACUACAAUUACUACUACCCAAUGGGACCAUAUGGAGCUGCAUACCCACCUAAUCAGUAUGGUGUUCCUCAAGGACCAUACACAGGAUCUCCAGCCUCUAAUGGACAGCCUCCUCCAGUGCCUGGAAUGGAGGACCAGUCCCCCAGCUACCCCCCACAACCACAGCCUCCCCCUCCUGCCACCCCCCAGCCACCCCAGAGCCCGACCACCUCAGAGAAACCUCCUCCGCCCCCGCCCAUUCCCCAAUCUCCAAAUUCCCAGUAUCCUCCUCCACCAUCACAAAACGCCUACAGUGCCAACAACACAAUGGCGUACCCCCCCAGUGACCCCAACCAGAUGCAAAUGUACAAUCAUUCCCAGGCCAGGCCGAACUACAGCCAGAGUUUCCAAACACAAAACACCUAUCAGCCCAGUCAGAACAGCUCCCAGCAGCAACAGCUGCAGAAUCAGUAUGGCCCGGGGUUAGGCAGAGGAGAGGCCAACAAAAACCAGAAGCAAGGACAACAGCUGUGGCAUCGCAUGAAACAAGCACCAGGGACAACUCCUUUGAAGUUCAACAUUCCAAAGAGACCAUAUCAGGUUCAGUGUUCAUCCGUUUCCAAUCAGUCCUUUCAACCUGGUGAUCAGCCCUCAGGUGUUAACCCAGCCCCCCCUUCUCCAGCUAAUGCCAGUGGUGGAGUGGGCCAGACAAGACCCCAAGAUUGGCCCCCAGCCAUGAAGGAAUACGUGCAACGCUGUUUCACAGCAUGUGAGACGGAGGAUGACAAAGAUCGGACGGAGAAAGUGCUGAAAGAAAUCCUGCAGGAGCGAUUAAAGGAUGGCUCCGCCUACACCAUUGAUUGGACUCGGGAGCCAUUACCAGAUUUAAAAGUCAAGCAGUCGCGGUGGGAGUCUGUUUUACCUCAGAGAACGUCAGACGGUGUUUUGAACCGCACUGGGAGUACAGCGGCUGCCGCCUCCAGAGGCAGGGGAGGUGGCCACAGAUUAGGACACUAUAGGAACAUCUUCUCUCAGCGGAGUCCGUCUUCAAGCUCGUCCCGAUCUUCCUCUCACUCACCUUCUCCCUCGCAUAACCGCCAUCGAGACCGAAGCAACCAAAGGCACAGACGGAGUGACUCUGGAUCACAGUCAGACAGCAGCAUCUCCAGUGACCUGCGGCCUCAGCUGUCCAGGCGAAACCAGAAAGGAGGACGUGGUCGUGGCAAUGAUAGAGAUAAAGGACGUGGAGGUGGGGAGAGAGGACGAGGACGGGGAGGGAAAGCCAACAGAGGAAGACGAAACAUCGAUGACUCGAACUCUACCGUUGGAAAGAAGAGGAAAGGUGGCAACGCUGGUUUGGAUUUCCACGACCCCGAUCGAGAAGCUAAGAAGCAAAGCAGAGCAGCUCGUUUCCAUAAGCAGCUGCGCUCCGAGCCGCUUGUGCUCUCUAUCAACAACCUGGAUCUACCUGAUGGAACACAGGAGGGCCUGAGCUGGGAAGACUGUCCCAUCGUGGGAUCGUGUCAGGACAUCACUAAGUCCUACCUCAGGCUCACCUGUGCUCCUGACCCCACCACUGUUCGCCCUGUGCAGGUGUUAAGAAAAUCUUUGCAGUCUGUGAAGGCCCACUGGAAAACCCAUCAGGACUAUGCUUAUGCAUGUGAGCAGAUGAAAUCCAUACGGCAGGACCUCACGGUCCAAGGUGUCCGCACUGAAUUCACAGUGGAAGUGUACGAGUGUCACGCUCGCAUCGCUCUUGAAAAGGGAGACCAUGAGGAGUUCAACCAGUGCCAGACCCAGCUGAAGGCCCUGUACAAGGACCAUCCAUCAGAGAACAUCGGAGAGUUUACAGCUUAUAGAUUGUUAUAUUAUAUUUUUACUAAGAACUUUGGUGAUCUGACUACUGAGUUGGUAUAUCUGACCCCAGCUCUGAGGGCAGAUGAGUGUGUGGCUUUUGCUCUUGCAUUACGUGCUGCAUGGGCUUUGGGGAACUAUAGACGGUUCUUUAAGCUCUACCUUGAAGCCCCACGCAUGACUUCCUAUCUCAUUGACAAGUUUGUAGACAGAGAAAGAAAGAUCGCACUUCGGGCCAUUGUAAAAUCAUUCAGACCUGACCUGCCAGUGCAGUAUGUGCAGACUACUUUGGGCUUCACGUGUUUAGACUCCUGUCUAGCCUUUUUAAAUGGUCUAGGUGUCGCCUUCACCCCAUCUGACCCCCAAAAGAUAGACUGCAAAGCUAGCACAACCUCGCUAGCUGCUUCCUGAGUGGGUGGGAGGGGCUAUAGGGAAGGGAGGAGCUACAGGAAAAAUAUGGAUCCUUGCAAACUCCAAAAUACUCCACUUCGGUCACCUCAGCCAGCUUAUGUAGAGUGUAGACGAGAGCCAUCAUGAGCAACACAGGAAUCUAGAUUCUGUCAGAUGUGUGAAACUCACUGAUUAGGUUUGACCUGAAGCCCAAAGUCAUCCAUACUGUCAGGAUAGAAGAGAAGAGGGGCAGUUUAGAUGCAGGAUCAUGUCGACCAACAAGUCACAGAGCAAAAUUAGCGGAGAUCUCUCAUCCUCAUGGUUCAUCUUCCUGACCCCCAUUAUAUUUCAGCGCUAACAGUGUUUUGUUAUCUUUUCUCCCUCCUCAAGUCAGCAGCUCAAGAUCCUGAAGAUUCAAGUCUUUUUCGUCAAAAGGGAAGCUCAAAAGGCUCUUCGGAUAAGCUCCCAGAUAUUUUGCCGUCUGGAGUCGAGGCGCUUUGCUUUUACAGACUGAGAAGGUGCUGGCAGUUUGUGUAAAGAGGAUGUGGUGGUUUGUAUUUCCUGGCCUCGGUAUCUGCAGCAGCUCUUUUUCCCGUACUUUAACGCCACGUGGCUCAUGGAAACAUGGACUCAAGUCGAAGUAGUAAUAUUCCACUGGCUACACCAGCCACGGCUCGCUAAACCAAAUGACUUUAUGACAAAGGAGGCGUGUCUUCAUCUCAAUCCUUAUUCCGUCACAAGCUUCAGCCUCCCCAAACCCAGAGUUUUGCACUCAUCUGCUUGGAGUCGAAGGAUCUGGCAUCCCCUGGAGGAGAAGCAGCGACGCCGACCUUUAAUCCAUUUUCCAUCCCAACAGCAGGGAUUAAUUAGAAGCCAGCUACAGUCACUGUGGAGGAAACUCUGGCAGCUUCCAUCAAAAGGAACCAGCGGUUUGUAUCCCAGAACGGCCUCACGUCUCUGCAGGGCUGGUAAGCUAGAAGGACUGAGCAAGUGGAUGACGGCCUCACACCUGUUCUGAAUCAGAGAUAUGCCCCUUUUUGUUUAUUGUCCCUAAACAAGAAAAGUCAUAAAAACGGUAACCGCAAUGAUUCUUUAGGACAAACUCUCAAAAACUCAGUAAAAUCAGUUUUACUGCAUUUGGGCUCCAUUUGAAACUCACAUUUCAAAAUAAAAAAAACAGACUUUUUAAAGCAAAUUAAUCAGUAGUGUUUAAUUAGAGUAAAUCAACAUUUUUUAAUAAAACAUUUAAAGACAUAAUUGGAACCCACAUUUAAUUUAAUUUGUUCAAGGCAGUUUCUAGACAUUUUCCUCAUUAAUUUCCCUUAAAGUUUCACUUUUACUAGUGAGACAUUGCAAUAAAAAAUAACUAGCUUUUUAUUUUAAAGUCCAGUAAUUUAUCCUGAUACGUUCUGCCACCGUAUCCAGAAAACUAGAUCUGCUGAUGUUUACAUUUUUGUUUUUGUUUUCCAAUUAUUUCAUGUGUUUUGUUUUUUUUAAUUCCUACAACAUAUGCAUUGGUAUUAGAUUAAAGUAAAUGUGGAUUCAGGCUUGUAUUACAAUCUGUCAUCAAAGUAUAUCAUUGUGAAUAGUUUGUCUUUUAUUUAUAUAUCUAUUUUUCCAAAAUUCGGUAAGUUAAUGAUGACUUUAACAUAUUUGGUCAUGUGAUGUAAGCAGGUCGGUGUUGUACUAGUUCGCCUUCUCUGUGGCUACAGUGGAGAAACGACCUAAAACUGUUAUGUAGGCCGUAAAAUCAGAUUCCAGACGUGAACUUACCGCUAAAGGCCACCGCCUUCGUCAUGUUCUCUCCUUUGAUGGAGCAGAUCUUUGAGUUUCUGCAGAUGUUCUGUACUGACGAUGUUCUCAACAUGUGUCCUCUCUCCCCCCCUUCUCUUCAUUUCCCCCUGUCCCUCGCUGCUACCCCCCCAAACCCCCUCCCUCCUCCCUCCAAACCACCGAGCUUCUUGUUCUUCAGCUGGGAGCACUGCUGCAUUUCAGAAGCACACGGAGGAGCAAGUGUGGCAGGCGGCGGCGACCCGUGGCUGAAUCGGGAGCGCCCCUGACCCGCUGGUGCAGAAGCAGCCGCUUGAGCAGAUGGGAGCCUCACAGAAUUGAAUUAGUGAGAAUGUGGAAUUUGCUGCUUGUGUGAUGAGCUGCUGCCUACCGCAGAUGUAUGUGUGCAACCCAGAACCAUCACGAUUGUAUCCUGCUGGUGUCUGUCUGUCCAGGUGCAUUUACACUCUUUUCAAUGAAAGUUGAUCUUUGAUAAAGAUAUAUAUAUUUUUAUUUUAUUUUUUUUGAAGUUGUGGUUGAUAGAUUUGCACAUUAUUUUUGUUGUUAAAUUAAGAGUUUUAUUUUUGCCAAAUGUGUCUGGACAUGCAGAACAAAUCUUUUCCUCUUUCAAAAGUCUUUACUUCUAUGUGCUCUAUUGCUCAGAAAUGAAUUUCCACAAGUUGUAAGAAUUCAUAAGAAAUGUUAAAAUUGUGUUUCCAGGACUGAUGCACCCCAGUUUUUUUUGUUUUAGUUCAUUUUUGUCCCCCUCCCUAGUAGAGACUUCACCCUUAGAUGACUAACAGGAUACAUUUUCAUUUGUUUCUCCUCUGAAUCCAGUAUUUUUUUUCUGUAUUUUUUUUUGUUUAUUUUGAAUUUUUUUCUGCUCCCAUGUUACUCUGCACUUUCAUCCGUCCUUGUAACUCCUCCUGUGACUCGACAGUCAAAGAUCUCUCAUCUCCCUCCCUUCACCUGUCUUCAUCUCCUGUGUGGAGGCAGUCUUUGUACAGAUUUGUCUUCUUUUUCUCUCCUCUGACUGCCACCUCCUGUUGCAUGUAGCUCCUCUUUUCUUCUAACCAGUUUUCAUUUUCUCCUUUUUUUAUUAAAUGUGUUUGGUUGUGCAACAAAGUCUCUCUGGCUAGUAAGUAUUGUAUGACAUCCUGCAGUGUUUCCUGAGUUAAUCUUUCAGCUCACUAACAAACCUUCUAAGCUGAAGGUUCAUUUGCAGUGCUCCUUCCCGCUUCCCACCCCCUCUCUGAACAUGAUCUGGCUCGGUAAACUGCCAUGGUGUUAAUAUUGUGUAAAUAUCUUUUGACAUAAUAAAAUUCAGAAAUGAAAAGCA